AUGCUUUGUCGUUCUGCUGUGUAGAUCACAGUUCAGCUCUGGUGAGAUCACACAAACUGAAACACAGCUGUGUGUAACAAAUCUCCUGCUCAUUCACAGACAUCAUGACAGUUUACAAGGAAAGUUUUCUGAGGAAACACAGGCCUAAAAUUAUACAAAAGACAAGAAAUCCAAUCUGUUUGGCUGAUAGGCUGUUUGAAAAAGAACUUAUAUCUGAUGAAAUGUAUAAUAAAAUCCACAAAACGAAAACCGAAGAAGAACAAAUGCGUGAAAUUUACAAGUGUAUCAAGACCACAAAGCACUUUGACUACAUGUAUGAUUGGUUGAAGGAGAACGAGCCUGAUGUGUUUGAAGAACUGGAAAAGAGCGACACUGAGGCUGCAGCACCACAGAAAAAAAGAUAUAGAGGUGACACCAGUCAAACUGGGGAUGAAACAGAUAAUCAUACAGAAUUUCCUGAUCCUCUCAAGACUGGAUUCAGCUUCGCCAAACUGGAAACAUGGGUCUCUGAAAAAAGCCAAGAGCUGAUCAGUGAAUUGGAGAUAAAGCUUGGAGAAAAAGGCAUGAAGGCUUUGAAAAAAGAACUAAAUGACAGAGAACUGAAAAGUAUCUCGUGUUUCAGUGCUAAGGAUAUUGACGAUAUCAGGAAAAAUAAGGAACUUGAAACGUUUCUCAGUGCAAAAAAUAAUGCAACAUUUCCUAAACUGACAUUUAGCAUGUUUUUUAAGAAGGACAGUUCUACGUCAACAGGAAAAAAAGCUGAAAGCUCCUCCGAUUAUGCAUAUGAUUUAAACAGCAGUGGAUAUGGAUCUUAUAAAAGUGACCAGUCUCUUCUGGAUUUGACACAAAAUGAUGAUCAAAUACCAGAUGAAGAUGUCUUCGCUGAGUGCAGUCACACCGGAGACACAGACUUUAAUGAGAACAAAGACAACAAGGACGUGCAGGGAACACACUAUGAUGAGAUGGAUGGGCAACCUCAACCUUCAAACCAACCUCCGAAUGUAUCUCCAAAAUGCCCAAAUGAGCAAAUCACCAAAAAUGAACCUCUGCUAGAAGACACACAUGGAAGCAUAGACAUGCAGGAGAAUGAGGAAGCAAAUGUGCAGGAUAACUCUGAGUGUUUUCCUUCAAAGCUGCUGCAGAAAAACUUUUCAGCUUCACCAACUGAUAAUAUGCCAAGCAAAGGCUCAUGGGAUACAAAGGAGAAGAGUGAAGCUGAGAUCAUAGCAAAAAAUAAGGACACAGACAUGCCAGCUCCAGAGGAAACACAGCACACUGUUCAGGAGAGAGAUGGCAGCAGUAUGGGGUUCAACACAGCCACAUCUGGAGCAGUGAAAGAUCAGACAGGAGAACCUUCAUGCAGCAAUACUGAACCUGCUUUAGAAAGAAACAAGAGGGGAAGGAAGAAGGAAAAUAAGCUCAAGAAGAAAAAUGAGAUAAACGAACUGUUUCGUGACUGGGCAGUGAGACAAUUUAAAGACAGUGAUUUAACGAACAUAGUUGACCAGAUCUCAAUUAUAAACAGGGCAGAACACAGCGAUUAUUCAUGCUUUACUGCUGAAAAUGUCAUGGUGUACAAGAACCCAGACACAUGUGAAAGCCAAAUCAUCUUUAUCACUCAUCAAAAAAUCUCCACCGCCACUAAAACCAUGGUUCAUUAUCUCAUGUUUGUGAGUGACAUUAAGAAAGCAAUGCUCUUGGGUCCCGGAGAACCGAAUGAACAGGACAUUGAAUAUGAUGAGAGUUUCAUACGUAUAAAGAAGUGUAAAAGGUUUAUUUUUCAAGCAUUCGCUCCUGCUCUUGCAGUGUUCAAAACGAUUCAGAAAGAAAAGCUGUACUCUCUCAUCUGCUGAAACUUGCUGAAAUAAUGUAUGACCUUAACUAAUGACUAAUGAAAGAUUUGAGUUAAAAAAAGAUGUUGCUCCACUAGGGGGCAAAAUAGAGCAAAAUAGAUGAAGAAGCUGAUAGCUGAUGAAGAAAUGUGUUAAUGCAACACUACCCAUGUGUCUUUCCAGAAGAACUAAUUUAGGGGUUUCACAGCAAGAGGGGGUGAAUACUUAUGCAAACUUUUAUAUUUUUUUAUUUGUAAAUAAAUUGGCAAACUAUAUUGAUUUUUUCCCCCAUGUCACUAUUAUGGACUGUUUUGUGUAGAUUUGUGUAACAUGGUUCAGUUAUAUAUAAAAUAGUAUUUAUAAUUUUUGCUAUUGAAAUGCAGUGUGUUCAUGUGCUUUGUUCAGUUCAUUUUACAUUCUGAGUGUAGCUUUCAGAUAAAUGCUGAUAAAUGAACACAUUCAUUCCCAUUCACUUGUGAACAACUGAAUUCACAUUCAGCUUCUGUUGUGUUAUCGCUCACUAAACUGUUUUUUUUUUCAGGGUUUUUUUCUGGGGUUUUUUUUUUUUUUUUUUUUUUUUGGUAGCUAGUUCACUGCAUUACUAUCAGUUCAGUUUAUUUCUAGAAUUAUCUAGUUAGUUUGGUUGUGCUACAUUACUCUUUGAUGAAAAACUAAUUCUUUACGUGAAAAGCUGUAUAAUUUUGAGAUCAGUUGAUGCCACACAAAUGAAAAUAAAUUUUAGCUUGUUGUGUAAA